AUGCCGGCCGCCGUCGAUGACCCGGCCAGCCCCACAAUCCAUCGGGUCUCCGGCCAGCCGCCGUUUCCGGACCCGAACAACCCGAUUCUGCCGCCGGACAUUGUGCCUCGCCAGGUGACGCUGAGGGACCGCCAGACCGUGGCCACCAUUGUGCCCUUUGCAUCGCGGCAUCAGAUCCCCGUGUCGCUCGUCGUCUAUCUAUGUGCGCAGAUCAACAAGGAGAUUGAUGGCGGCGACACGUAUCCCCUGAUGGACCCCUUCAGCGCCGAUGGCUUCGCCGACUUCUGGUUCCAGAACUUUGGCGCCGUCAUGCUGCUGGGCAACAUUGAGAGCGCCGACCAGCUGCUGGACGGCAAGGACUGGGCCAAGGAGUGCUUGGGCAGCUUCUACAUCCGGCCCAACUACCCCGGCCGGAGCAGCCAUGUGUGCAACGGGGGCUUCCUCGUCACCGACGCGUCUCGAAACCGUGGUGCCGGCCGCCUGAUGGGCGAGGCAUAUAUUGACUGGGCGCCGCGGCUGGGCUACACGUACAGCGUCUUCAACCUCGUCUAUGAGACCAACGUGGCGUCGUGCAAGAUCUGGGAUGCGCUGGGCUUCAAGCGCAUUGGCCGCGUCAAGGGCUGCGGCAACCUCAAGAGCUAUCCUGACCGCUUCAUCGACGCCAUCAUCUACGGCCGGGACCUUGCACCUGGCGAGACCGAGGAGCUGGUGAGCGAGGAGCGAUUCGACAAGAUCAAGUACUACCUCAAGUACGGCAAGUAUCCCAACGGCGCCGACCGCGCGGAGAAGAGUCGCCUGCGUAGCGCCGCCACGCAUUACAAGCUGCUCGACGGGGACAAGCUCAUGCUCAAGGACAAGGAGGUCAUCUCGGACCCGGCGCGGCAGUAUGAGAUUGCCCGCAACGUGCACGUCAUGCACCACGGCGGAAUCAACAAGACGACGGCCACCAUUGCCGAAAAGUACCACUGGAGCCGCAUCAAGGAGACGGUCAGCGAUGUCAUCCGCGCCUGUGCCGAGUGCAAGGAGCUGGGCAAGACGCCGAACCCGGGCGGCACCAAGAAGACGGUCGCGUCCACCACGUCCGCUUCUGCUCCGGUGGCCGCCGUCACGACGCCCGCGCCGACGCCGAUCCUGCCGAGCAACGGACCGCCGAGGAACCACUCCAUUCCAUCCAACAUUGCCACGACCGGGCGGAUCCUCGCUCUGCAGAGCCAUGACACGAUGCUGUCUCUAUCACCCAGCACGAGCCCCAGUCCGAGCGCUUACGCAAACCCCAGCGACAUCUCCGUCAUCCCUCCCUCGCAGACGUUCCAGCCCGCCCAGGCCCUGCACCACCACCAACAGCAGCAGCACCAACAGCAUCACCACCACGGCCUGCCCCCAGACGCCCAUCACCACCACCACCUGCAGGCCCUGCACCACCACCAGGUCGCCCACCAGCAGCCGUCGCUCCACCACCCCCAUCACCAAACCCACCACCAUCACAACCCCAUGCUGCAGGACCAGCCUAACCAGCACGAGCCGCACGUCUACCAGCCCAUCGACCCCCAAAUUAUAAAUCAUCAUCACCAUCACCCGCAGCCUCACCACGAUAUGGGUUUCGAGCAUUAUCAUCCUCAUGCAGACUUUCAGGCUCUACUUAGUGCGACGGAAGACGUGCCUACACAGCCUGAUGAUACUGUCCCGCCUUCUGUCGACACGGAUCUGGAGAUGCUCAUCGAGCACGACGCAGUAGACGACGACGUGGAUGAUGUCGGGCCCAACGAUCAUACGAAUCACGUCAUGGACGACGACGUCAUGGUCGAUGGCCUCACCGGUGGCCCGCAAGUGAUGCGAAGAAUAGGCCACCGCGACGGAAGGGGCAUAUACGACGUCGGCUUUGGCGGGCCCUCAGGAUAA